AUGGAGGAAGAACCACCUCUCCCGUACGGAUGGAUUAAGGACUUCGACGAGAACUACCAGCAGUUCUACUUUGUCGACACAAAGGCGCAGCCUCCGCGAAGCAUUUGGGUCCACCCAUACAAAGAUCCUCAGUACCUGGAGGAGCAUCCCGAGAUUCGCGAGAAAAUCAGCCCUCGUUACGAACGCCCACCUGGUCCGCCGCCGCCAGGAUAUGGUGUCGAAUCGUCCUCUAGCCUGCCUGCCGCUAGUUCUUCCGCUUCUAGCCCACCUCCGCUUGCUCAAGACCAAGAAAGGAGGGGUUUCUUUGGGAAAUUAAGGGAUAAGACAAUGGGAACUAAGGAAGAGCGAGAAGCACGUCGGCGUGAAGACGAGCGCAUAGCCGAAGAACGCAGACGAAUGCAGCAACAAGCUUAUGGUAAUCAAUAUUCACAGCAGAGGCUUGGACAACCAGGAUUUGGAGGAGGAUAUGGUGGACCAGGGUAUGGCGGACCAGGAUACGGCCAAGGCGGUUUUGGUGGUUAUGGCGGUGCUCCUCCUGGUGCCCCGCCUGCUGGGUACUAUCCACCACAGCAACAAGCGGCGCCAAAACGCAGUGGAAUGGGCGGUAUGGGUAUGCCAAUCCUUGGAGGGCUUGCUGGUGGUCUGCUCCUUGGAGAAGCACUCGAUGGAUUUGGAGGCGAUGGAGGCGAUGGAGGCGACUUUGGUGGUGAUGGCGGUGACUUUGGUGGGGGUGACUUUGGUGGAGAUUUCUAA